CCAGUCACUGAGGUUCUUAGGACUAAACAUGCUCAGACUCCUGCAGAGUUGUGAACUCUUUUCAAAUGACCAUAAUAAACUAAUAAUUAAAUAAUUAUAUGAAAUUAGUAAUAAUAUUUGAUCGAAGUUAUUAGGUUUGUCCAUCUUGCUCAUGGUCAGAUCAGCUGUGCCAGCAUGUGUACUUACCUACUACCUAGUAAUUUUUUCACCUGGAGAGGUGCGCCUGCGCAGCCGUCAAUGCACUGCUGGACUGUACCCGGUCGUACGUGGUACGAACUACGAACAACUGUAGAAGGUACCGUACAAAUCACCUCCACCAGAAUUAUGUAGUACUCGUACUGAUUAAAUCGCGUAUAAUGCGAUGCGAUUCAGAAGUGCAAAACUCUCGCUGUUCUUCUGUCUACGGUCAUUGAUUUUGUGCAAUCCAUCCCGAUCCUGUGCGUUAGCCAGCUUCCGUACAGUCUCCCAGUGUUUUACCGAGCAAGCAUCCCUCUCACUACAGCUGAUCGACAGUUCUUUGCUCCCGUCACUCUGAAGUUAUUGUUUUAGACUGACAACUGUUAGUGCCUUUCCUAUUCAUUUCCUUUGCCGCCAUGAACGCAACUCCACGCUACUUCCGCGAUCUGCGCUCCCCUAACGCUGCACGGCAGAUCAACUACGGGAACACGGUGCUCGUGCAGCGCGACAACGCCGAGUGGUGGCUGGGAUAUGUUCAGGAUAUUGACGACGAUUACUUCUUCAUUGACUUCGAUGCUCACACCGUCGCCGCGAAGUGGAUACAUUCCAGUCGUAUCUGGCCACAUCGUUUCUACCAUCCAAAGCGUACAAACGGCAGUGUCGGCGGUAGUGCUUCGGUGCAGGUGGCGCUGCGGGACGGCGAUGAUGGACCGCUGGUCUUCCGACGGGCCCACAAUGUUGAGUCCGUUGGCCGCAUGUUCUACUCAGUGCGGCCGUAUAAUCAGCAGCCACCCGAGGAGGCUGCCCGCUGUAUUGUGCACGCCUCACAGUUCGUCGCCAAACUGCCGGCAGAAGAAACAGAGAGCUUCUUCACACGUCGUUGCGGAAAUUGCGGAAUCACAUACCGGAAACACGUUAUCCGGUUUGAGGCAGCGCAUCGCCUGCGUGGUGUGGACUUUAUGCCCAAGUUCCUGUCGCAUUCAUGCCGCUUGACGUUGGUCAGUGGCGAUCCGUGUGAUGCCAGCUGCCAAUUUCAUAUGCGGCAGUACGGCGUCGACAGCCCCGACACCUGUGUGGUUUUCUGCGCCGAAAAGGACCAUACGAAAACUGCUCCAUACAGUUUCAAUGUCGGCUGUCGUGUAUUUGUGCGAGCGGGGAUGGACACGGUCAUGUUCCUGUGCGCUGAAGUGCACGGUGACGCAGCGGGGCGCAGCAUGUUCUGGAACGAAGACGCACUGAAAGAAGCUUGCCAGAAUUACCUGCAUGAGCAAGAAGCGCGAGAAGCCGGUAACUUGAUGAAAGAAGCCUGCAUCAAUGGAGCAAUACAGUAUGAUAAUGGUGAAGUGCGAAUCAGUGAUCUUCCGCAACCCGUCAUGGCGAGUAUUCUGCUGAACCUGGAUCGCGUCAUGCAGUUUCGAACGCGCCGGGUAUGCAUGCUGUGGACACUGCUUUUAGAUGAAUAUGCUAGUAGCCAGAACAUUAUCCUCGAUCUCCGCCGGCUGCACGCUCGCGAGCCCUAUAACACCGAAUUUCCCAUUAAACGCUACCGAUGCGAAUACGAACUUGUGACACUGUUGGACCGCGCUAUUAGCCGGGAGACGCGAACGGUGGCGUUGCUGGAGAGUGGACGGGCUUCUGAUCGGUACACACGCUGCUUAUCGGGCAGGUUUUCCAUGCUGCGUGCCGUUCUGCGAGCGAAGAACAUUCGUGUGCAAACGAUUAUCGCCAAAGACGGAUGCGAUUAUUAUUGUGCGCCGAUCAUUGCAUUUCUGGGCCUCCGGCCGAAAUCGAAUAACGAUUUUACCAGCUACAGAUGUCACACGCUCGGAUAUUUAUGGGCCCUCUGUAACGCACUGAUACUGGUUAAUUACAGCGCCUCGCAUCCGGCCGACAACACCGUUCUACUGCUCGAAUUGUUCGAAAAUGCCCACGUAUGGCUGCGGGACGUAAAUUUUGGCGGGAGUAGGCAGUGUUCGGAAUUGGGCGUGGACAUUCCGUAUCUGCAUUUCCGUUCUACGGAUACCGCCGAUGAGCAGAGCCGACGCUUGAUGACGGCCGUCAACGAUAACUGCCCGGCCGUUACGCCCGAGGUCUACGCAAAGGUCACGGCGAUGCAUGCGCACUGGAGGGAGACGCUGGCCUAUCCGGAUGCACCUGAAUGGGGCGCUGUUCGGGCUUUCUGUAAACUCUUCAGCAGUUUUGGCCCCGAUCAUACCUCAUCGUGGUGGGAUGGAGCGGAUUUGAGAGAACUGGACGUGUCGGCACUGAGUCGGUGUGCGUUACAUUUUCUAGACGGAUUUUCAAACUGAAACGGGCGCUGGUCAAGUAGGCCAAGAACACGGGGACAUCACUGUUCAGAAUUUAAUUAACAAAUUUUUCUUGUGUCUGCUGGUUUGCAGGAUCUUGCGUUGAGACCACUAGUGUGUCUUUUGAAUACCAGAAUAAGUACGCAUAUCCAAAAAAAUUUAUCCAUAGCAGCUUUUUUAGUUUCCCUUUAAUAUGUGGAUACGCAAGAGUUUUUCGGUUUCUGCAGUAUACAGGCUUCCUUAUAAUGACUUUAACCGGUGCGAAGUUGGCAGCCUAUAAUACUGUUCUAAUAAAAUAUCGGUCGGUGAUUCGGCAUAAAUACGAGUACAUGUACUUCAAUGCUAGAAUUAACCCAGCCGGGUGUGAACCCAGCGGGUGUGCUGGUGAAACUAGA